AUGGACUUUGUGGGUCUUCCUCGCGACAAGUCUGAGGAAGCCUCCCGCCGAUUCUCACCCCCAGACGCAAAGGACGUAGGAACGCGCAAAUCCAGCCUAGUCACCAAUGGAGACCUUGAGAAUUCUGCCCUACCCAUCGACAUCUCCUCCGCCAUCACCUUUGAACACCCGUAUCACCCAAUCCAUUGGCCGGCUUGGAAGAAAUGGGCGCUCGCGACCAUUUAUUGCGGGCUCCAAACUUUUGUCACGCUUCUUUCCACGGACUACUUGCCUGUGGAAUUUUUAAUUCAGGAGAAAUGGGGUGGCUCGACACAGGUCGUUACGUUGGGCCAGAGCAUGUUUAUUAUCGGAACUGCCGUCGGUCCUGUUGUCCUGGGGCCACUGUCCGAUAUCUGGGGCCGUAAAUGGCUCUAUGUCGGGGCUAUGUACCUUUAUGCACUAACCAACAUCGGGAUCGCACUUCCCACCGGUCUUCCCAUGCUUAUCAUUUUCAUGUUCUUGGCUGGUGUGACUGGGUCCGUUGCGCUGUGUAACGUUGCCGGUACCAUCUCUGACAUGUUUGGUGACGAUGCUGGUGCUGGUCAAGCCAUGGCUCUUUUCGUCUCGUCCGCCAAUAUUGGGCCUUCCCUAGGGAGUCCGGUCGGUGAAUGGAUCGCUGAGAACCCGCAUAUGGGUUACCCCUGGAUCGGCUGGAUCAACGUUAUCAUUGGCGGUACAUUUGCUACAUGCAUGACAUUACUGCCUGAGACGCUCCCAAGUAUCGUUAUCCCCAGGACGGUCAAAGAGAAGGAUGGUGUUGAGAUGGAGUUGCCCAUAUCACGCAGAAGUGCUCUGGACGAGGUCGUAUUCACGCUCACCAUGGCGCUCAGGAUCAUGAUCACGGAACCCAUCGUCCUCUCCCUCGGCUUAUACAACGGCUUCGCCUAUGGCUUGCUAUUCUUGUAUCUCGAUGGCGUGUUCGAUGUGUUUGUCGUCAACUACGGAUUGUCCUAUAUUGGUGGUAACCUUACAUACUUGAACUUUGCAGCCGCUGUGGUGAUUAUGUUCGUCUUUUUCGUGCCGCUGCAAACCUGGCUUGUCAAACGUGACCGUAAGAAGCACGGUGGGAAAAUUCGUCCAGAGUCUCGUUUCUUGCUCUCUCUAGUCACCGUAUGGGGCUUCCCUAUUUCAUUGUUCUGGUUCGCAUGGACAUCAGCGCCUGGUUUGGGUCACACUUCGUACUGGAGCCCCGUCAUCGCCGGAUGUCUUCUCGGUGUUGUUGACACGCUGCUCUGGCUGGGAAUGAUGAAUUAUAUCACGGACUCGUACCCAAACCUGGCUGGUUCGGCGAUUGCUGCAUUUCUUAUUCCAUCUUUCCUCGUUGCCGGUGGAUGCGCCCAUCUUGGCGUUUACAUGUUCCAGAAACUCAAGACCCAGGUGGCAGUAUCCAUCCUGGCAGGUAUCAGCACUGGCGUUGUUAUACUAGUCUACACCCUUUACUUUUUUGGACCAACUCUGAGGGCUCGAAGUCGAUAUGCCCGCAAGUUCUAG